AGAAGGGCAGCGCGAGCGAGGGGGCUAGGGAGUGAGCGCGAGCGUCACUUUGGAAACUCUGGAACACACGGACUCUCGUGCUAAGCGGGCGACCUCAUUUUUCUUUACUGAAUAUUUAGAUAAAGGACUACAAUUUCAAAGACUGCAAGGGAGAGGACACUGUUCUACUGGAGCAAGAGGUGGGAAUCAACAGGUAAACUGGGAUCCACAAUACGCGCUCAGCGUAAGAUACCAGCAACACGGAUGGAAAGAACUUUGAUGAGGAAUCCAAACAGAAUUUUAGAACGUAGACUGAGAGUUGAGACUGACUGGGAGUUUAUAUAAAGGAGACCUCGAGUGACAGAAGCAAUCCUUUCGUUUUAAACAGGCAGAGUUUAUAUUCCUGAGAAAGGGUGAACUUCUUCAUUAGUUCAGACAUAGGGAUAGGCCUAGGAUUAGUCGUUGAACACCCAUAGGCCAAGAAACUACACCCUGUGCACGUUCUGUUACUCACCUGAGGGAGGAAGCUUUCUUGGAAGAGAGGAAAUAUGUCGGGAGAGGAGCAGAGUUUAUCUGAGUUAGAAAUGAGUCCGGGGGUCUCGGACGACGGUCACUCCUUGUCACCGGGUCACUCCUCCAGUGCAGCAGGCGGAGGAGACUCCCCCCUGUCCGGUCCGCAGCCCCAGCUGCCAGGGAUCGGCGACGACGCCCUAUCCGAUGUAGCUGGCGGGAUUUCCAUCAAGUCCGAUGAAGACGACGAUCGCUUUCCUAUUGGUAUCCGCGAGGCAGUGAGCCAGGUGCUGAACGGCUACGACUGGACUCUCGUGCCAAUGCCUGUGCGUGUAAACUCCAGCAGCAAAAGCAAGCCGCACGUGAAAAGGCCUAUGAACGCCUUCAUGGUGUGGGCACAGGCCGCACGGAGAAAACUGGCAGACCAGUAUCCCCACCUCCACAACGCGGAGCUCAGCAAAACCCUCGGGAAACUAUGGAGGCUCUUGAAUGAGAGUGAUAAGAAGCCUUUCAUCGAGGAGGCGGAGAGGCUGAGGAAGCAGCACAAGAAGGACUACCCGGAGUACAAGUACCAGCCACGCCGCCGCAAGAAUGGCAAACCCGGCUCCGGCUCUGAAGCUGACGGCCACUCUGAGGGUGAAGUCAGCCACAGCCAAUCGCACUACAAGAGCCUCCACCUGGACGUGGCUGCCCACGUUAGGGGGGCGGGGUCUCCUCUGGCUGAUGGACACCACCCACAUACUGCAGGCCAGAGCCACAGCCCUCCUACACCACCCACCACCCCCAAGACGGAGCUCCAGUCUGGGAAGUCGGGCGAUGGGAAGCGGGAGGGCGGUGGAGCAGGGAGCUCCCGUGGGGGAAUGGGGGUAGGAGCAGAGGGUGGCUCUGGAUCAGGGUCAGGCAAACCACACAUUGAUUUCGGAAACGUGGACAUCGGUGAGAUCAGCCACGAGGUGAUGGCCAACAUGGAGCCCUUUGAUGUGAACGAGUUUGACCAGUACCUGCCCCCCAAUGGGCACCCGGGGAUUGGACAGAGUGCUGGGUCUGCGGCAGCAGCAGGGUCCUCUGCAUCUCCCUAUGCCUACGGUAUCUCCUCUGCCCUGGCCGUGGCCAGUGGACACUCUGCAGCGUGGCUAUCCAAGCAGCACCAGCAGCAUCAUGCCUCACCUCUGGGCUCCGACCCCUCCAAGGCCCAGAUUAAGAGUGAGGCCGGCUCGGGGGGUCACUUUGCUGAAGCAUCCUCAGGGGGUUCCCAUGUCACCUACACUCCCCUCAGCCUGCCCCACUACAGCUCUGCUUUCCCCUCGCUGGCCUCCAGGGCCCAGUUUGCAGAGUAUGCUGACCACCAGGCCUCGGGAUCCUACUACGCCCACUCCAGCCAGGCCUCAGGGCUGUACUCUGCCUUCUCCUACAUGGGGCCCACACAGAGGCCCCUGUACACAGCCAUCACUGACCCAUCCAGCAUGCCACAGUCACACAGCCCCACGCACUGGGAGCAGCCGGUCUACACCACCCUGUCGCGGCCCUGACAAAGACCGGGAGCAGAGGGCUCUGGUGCAGAUUUGGCCCCAACGGCAGACCCACAGAGCGGAGGAGACCUGGGUUGGAGGCAGUGGGGCGAUGGAAUCCCCUUCUGGUCUGGCCUAGAUGCAGGAAGGCCUGUAGGGUCCAAGGAGGAAUGGAAAUCAGAUGAUUUUAUGGGGUAACGUGUGGUGUAUAACUUCAAUGUUGAGUACUCGGAGGGUUGGAUAAGAGAAUAAAUCAAAUCCGUAUUCAAAUCUAGAGGCUUAUCGCUGAAAUGGUUUUAUGAUGUAAAGAUAUCAACAGUACAGAGUGCCAGUGCUAGUCCAUCCAUCUACAUCUCAGGCAUGUUUAAAACAGAUUAAUUACAUGAUGUAACACAAUAUCCAAUAUAUAAUCAAUGACAUAUUCUGUGAUUGGCCUAGAGGUAUAUUUCCUACAAUUUCUUGUAUCGACUGAACCGCAUACGUAAAAUGUAUGCUCACAUGACUGUAAGUCUCUUUGGAUACAUUUCUCUGCUAAAUGACAUACAGAAUGCGCGUAUAAGUUGCCUAUGUUGUAAUUGGAAUAUACUGUAUAUCUAUAACAAAGGGCAUACAGUCCAGAAAACAUGUUUCUACAAAUGUUUUAUAAAUUAAAAUGACCAAAGUUUUGAAACCAAAACUUUAAAGAAAGAGAAAAAUAUUAUUUAAGUUGUUUCUCUCUGUAUGACACUGUAUUACAGUACUACAUUGAUGUUGAAUUAAGUACAACACAUUUUCUUUCUGACCUGAUUACAGCUCUUUGGUGACAUACCCUCAACACUAUAUUGAUUUAUCAACCUCAAUAUUUUUUUCCCAUGGCACUGACUAUUAUGUUGAUUCAGCAUUGUCUCUUUAACACAGAACAUUUCAAAACUGAAUAGCGAAUAAGAAGACAAUAUUACAUAAUGAUUUGAUAUAAUCAUCUUCUAUUAACCAAAAUUGAGGUCAUUAAGUAUGUAUCUUCAGUAGACAUAAUACAUUAUUUUCAUUGUUAUAAUCUUGACUAUUAAUGUCAUUAUAUUGCCAAUGUUUUGCCAUCACAACACUGAAAGUCUGCACCACUGCCCUCACAUUUGUCUUCAUUGUUUGACAUUCAAAAUGUGUCUAUACACUGAGUGUACAAAACAGUAGGAACACCUGCUCUUUCCAUGACAUAGACUGACCAGGUGAAAGCGAUGAUCCCUUAUUGAUGUCACCUGUUAAAUACACUUCAAUCAGUGUAGAUGAAGGGUAGGAGACAGGUUUAAGAAGGAUUUUUAAGCCUUGAGACAAUUGAGACAUGAAUGGGCAAGACAAAAAUUUUAAGUGCCUUUGAACGGGGUAUGGUACUAGGUGCCAGGCGUCCUGGUUUGAAUGUGUGAAGAACUGCAACGCUGCUGGGUUUUUCAUGCUCAACAGUUUCAGUUUCCCGUGUGUAUCAUGAAUGGUCCACCAUCCAAAGGACAUCCAGCCAACUUGACACAACUGCGGGAAUCAUUGGAGUCAUCAUUGGCCAGCAUCCCUGUGGAAUGGAUGUCCUUUGGAUGGUGGACCAUUCAUGAUACACACGGGAAACUGAAACUGUUGAGCAUGAAAAACCCAGCAGCGUUGCAGUUCUUCACACAUUCAAACCAAAUGAAUGCUUUCGACACCUUGUAGUCCAUGCCCCAGCGAAUUGAGGCUGUUCUGAGGGCAAAAGGGGCUGCAACUUAAUAUUAGGAAGGUGUUCCUAAUGUUUUGUACACUCAGUGUACCAUAUUCAGUGUAAAAUGUUUGAUUUGUAGAUAGUUGUUGUAACAUUUUUGCUCCCUGUUUAUGGCUUUUCUGAAAUGCCAUCACAGAAACACAGUUGCCUGAGAUUGAGUGAUUAACAGCAUGCAUGAAUGAGUUCUCGAGUCUACAGAGGGUAAGAUCUCAAACUGGCCUUUAUGUCAUGAAAUACUAACCCCUUGUUUGCAACAGAAUAGCAACAAUCCAAAGGGUUAUUUUCUAAAGAGAGGUACCAAGAGACAACCCCAAAAUAACAGUACCUGUAGUUAACGUUGGAUGCCCCUUCAUGUUGUAAUGUGAAAUAAUACCUUGUAUGUUUACUUUAUUCUAAUAUAUGUGAUUUCAAUUAUAUUAUUUUAAAUAAUGGUAGUGCUUCCUUUUGGCCCAGAACUACUUUUGGGCCAUUUUUGUACAUUUAUGUCUUGAGUGUAAGAAGCACAUGACAUUUCAUUUUAAAUCCUACAUUUUGCUUUAGGAAUUGCUUGUUCUUAUGAACAUUACACUUAUUAUUUAUAUUUGCUGGUAUUAUGUUUUUAUGUGCUGUUAACAGGUUUUCACCGUGUUGAAAACUUUUGACUGUUAUUGUUGUUUUGGUGUUUUCUCAGUAAGUGUUUCUCAGUAAGUGUUGCCAGCAGAACAAAACAACCUGUAAAUACUAGCGGAAACAAGACCUUAGCGACAUGAUGACUAAUGAAUUCCUCUCACACUAAAUAAAACUGUAUUCUUUCUGCUUUUGUAAAA